AUGGCUAAGCUGAUUGAGAAGCGGAUGGCUGGUGUCGAUGAAAUAUCGACUCUAGUUCGAGAACUUGAUGAGCAGUAUUACGUGGCUUCCUGGGAUGCAAGAAACAUGCAGAUAUCCUCACACGCUUUUAAGAAAAGCGUGGCGCGGACAGCGCGCUCACCCCUGACCCAAGAAGUACGACCAGAAGACGUUGUCGAUCCGAAGAAGCACAACAAGGACUGGACGGAAAUGGAUGCGAACGACUACGAUGGCGACUACAUUGCGAGCACCGAUCCAAUCCACCCUGUCAGUACCGACUACUCGCACCCACUCGAUGACGACGAUGGAAGCUGGAUCUUCAACCACUUUUCACCAGAAGAGAUGGAACCCACGGCCGGAGAUCUAGACUUCGAUCAGAAUGGUUGGAGCUGGGACAAUAGCGACCACGCCAACGACAGCGACAGCGAGAAGGGCGGAAUUCGCGUCGUUGCUAAAUCUCAAGAAGAGAACACUACGUCACAGAUCGGCGACAACGAUCUCAUCGCAUGGGGGCCGGAAGCCUCGGCGUCCUCCAAGCUUUCGAAAAUUAGCAUGGAUGGUCUCAGUAUGGAACAAAGACAUGCAGAGGAGCAGAGGAAAAUCAUCAUCGACGCGUUCUGGAUAGUCGUGAACGAGCCUACUGAGUCACAAAGACAAUCAGACUCCGAGAUAGACGAUUUGAACGUGAUCCUUCGCAGCCUCAACAUCUCUCACGAUACGCCAACCGCCUCGACCCCUUGCAUACCGACCAGGCCACCUCACAUGUGGGUAGAUGGUCCUUCGGACGCUUCUGAUACACCACGGCCGAAUUCGUCAACCUUCGUUUCUCCACCAUCAACGCCUGAUCGAUCCAUAACACCACCAAGUCCCAACUCAACACGUACAGCUUACAACAAACAACGCAAGUUCCUCAAGAAGCGACUGCAAGAAGAUGCUAACAGAGACAAGUAUUACAGUGACUUGCUCCUUGUUUCGAGAUUUGAGGCGAGAGCAUUUGAGGGACUAGAGGGGAGAUUUAUUGCUGAUCCCCAGAUGGUGAGAACAGGAGGAAGAAGGAACGGGUGGUUUCAAUAA